AUGCCGGGGACCGUUUUGGACGCUAGGAUUUCGCAGCAGCGUGCUGAAAUCGAGAAGAUGGAUUCGGUCCGACCUGAUCUGUAUCUGAUUUCCAGCGAGGAUACGGUGUACGAGCAGGACAUCCUACGCGAUCCAGGCAGUAUCAAACCAUGGCUAUCUUACAUUGAGUUCAAGCAGCAGAACGGGACGGCGUACGAACAGGCGUUUUAUCUUGAAUUUCGCGUCAAACACCUCAGAGGUAGAAACCCAGCCGUUCACCGGAUUGAAUAUCUCAAGGUCAAUGCUCUUUUCGAACGAGCCGUAAUCCUUCUCAAUAAAAUGCCACGCAUCUGGGAAAUAUACCUCAGCUUUUUACUAGAGCAACCCUUGGUUACGCAAACGCGGCGGACAUUCGAUCGCGCUCUGCGCGCUUUGCCAAUCACUCAACACAACCGGGUUUGGAAACUAUAUAAAGCCUUUGCCAUUUCCGCCUCCGGUGAAACCGCGGUGAAAAUAUGGAAUCGUUACAUGCAAAUACAUCCGGAGAAUGCUGAAGAAUAUAUCGAUAUUCUAGUUGAAAUGAAGCAAUAUACUGAGGCUACAACCCUCGGUUUCAAUCCAAAAAGGGCAAGAGCCAUUUCGACCUAUGGACGGAUAUGGUGGAAUUGCUUGUCAAUCACGCAAAAGGAAAUUGAUACAGGUCCACAGACUGGCAUUGAUAUAGAACAAAUCAUACGCAGUGGCGUUGACCGGUUUCCUGAUCAGAGAGGAAAGCUUUGGGUCGGCCUGGCGACAUACUGGAUCACUCGUGGCAAUUUCGAAAAAGCGCGUGACGUUUUUGAGGAAGGAGUCACGACGGCUAUGACAGUUCGGGAUUUCACAAUGAUAUUCGAUUCUUAUGUCGAGUUCGAAGAAUCUAUUAUCGGAGCUCUGAUGGAAUCGGCUGCGGUUCGGUUGGAUAAUGGCAAAGCCGAUGAAAAUGCCGACUUCGAUCUUGACCUUCGCAUGAUGAGAUUUGAGCAGCUUAUGGAUCGCCGACCAUUCCUAGUGAAUGAUGUGCUUCUAAGGCAAAACCCCAACAACGUGAUUGAAUGGGGCAAAAGGGUGGCCUUGUGGGGAGACAAUAAAGAAGAAGUCGUCCGCACGUACUCAGACGCCAUGGCUGCCAUACACCCCAAGAAGGCACACGGCAAAUUUCAUGAACUCUGGGUGAACUUUGCAAAAUUCUACGAGAAAGGUGGAGAUAUUAAUACUGCCCGAAUCAUUUUUGACAAGGCAGUUAAGGUGCCUUUCAAAUCUGUCGAAGAAUUGGCUGAAACGUGGUGUGAAUGGGCGGAAAUGGAGCUGCGGAACGAAAACUUCGAUCAAGCAGUGAACAUCAUGGCCAAAGCCACUCUCGCUCCUAAGCGGUCUACUGUAGACUAUUUCGACGACAAGCUCACUCCUCAACAACGCAUACAUAAGAGCUGGAAAGUUUGGAGUUUCUAUGUCGACUUAGUGGAGAGCAUCGGGACUCUCGAGGAAACCCGCGGUGUAUACGAACGAAUCUUUGAACUUCGGAUUGCGACUCCACAGACGGUCGUCAAUUAUGCGAACCUUUUGGAGGAGAACAAGUAUUUUGAAGAGUCGUUCAAAAUCUAUGAGCGAGGUCUUGAUCUUUUCAGUUACCCAGUUGCCUUCGAGCUAUGGAACCUCUAUUUGACUAAGGCUGUCGAUCGAAAAAUCAGCAUUGAGCGUCUCCGAGAUCUGUUUGAACAAGCUGUUGAUGGCUGUCCACCCAAGUUUGCCAAAACUCUGUACUUGAUGUAUGGGGAUCUUGAAGAAGAACGAGGUCUUGCCCGUCACGCAAUGCGAAUUUAUGAACGUGCAACUCGGGCAGUGUCAGACAAAGACAGAUUUGAAAUGUUUAAUUUCUACAUCACCAAAUCUGCCUCUAAUUUCGGCUUAACGUCAACCAGGCCUAUCUAUGAGCGCGCGAUUGCAGCGCUACCGGAUAAUGAAGCCAAGGAGAUGUGUCUGAAAUUUGCGGAAAUGGAGCGCAGAUUAGGUGAAAUUGACCGAGCUCGCGCGAUAUAUGGACACGCAUCCCAGUUUUGUGAUCCGCGAACAAAUGCUGGCUUCUGGCAGAAGUGGGAGACAUUCGAAGUUCAGCAUGGAAACGAAGAUACAUUCAAAGAGAUGUUGCGCAUUAAGCGAAGUGUUCAGGUUCAGUACAAUACCGAUGUCAACUUUAUCGCGUCCCAAGCGAUUGCGCGGAGCAAACAACUCACGAAAGAAGCUGCAGAUGUGGCAGCUGCAGAAGAACCUGAGGAACGUGCAGAUGCUAUGGCGGCCUUAGAACGCCAUGCUAAAGCCCCCGCCGGCUUCGUACCUGCAAGUACUGGACCGGAAGGAGGCAAUCGUGAACUCGCGAAUGGCGACGAAGCGCCUGCAGCAAACCCCGACGCCAUUGACCUUGACGAAGAUAUGGACGCCGAUGAACCUCAAGAUGCCAGUUUAUAG